AUGCUACUCACGACAUCGUUAGUUGCUCUUAUCAUUGCACUUGGGAUUUAUCUUGGCUUCACCUGGACCAGAGGCCUCGACACAGAUGCGGGCCUUCAUGAUAGUCGAAAUGUCUUUAUCAUGUACGCGGUAGGCCUCACGGUGUGCAUUCUCGUCUACUCGAUAUCGGGACUCAUCCAGGACGGAGACACACGCACCGAAUAUGAUAUCCUAGAAGAUCAUCUGCAUGACUACGUACUGCCAAACCCAGCCAUUGUCCAGAACUGGGGUGUAAAGGCCGAGGUAUUCAGUGGGAAGGUAUUCUUCAGGCCUGCAACUCCAACACCACGAGCAGCCGCGGAAGCAUCAGCUCCAACCGAUACAGGGGCCCCACCGCCUGCACCGUCAUCACCUCCAGUUUAA